GUUCUGGAGCUUGGCGACUUCAUCCCGCAUCAUCCAGGCGGUCCUCUGAUCCGCCGCGCCAUUGGAGAAGAUGCCACGGACCUCUUCCUGUCGCAUCAUGCUCCUUCCAGCAGGGCCGCAGAGGUUCUACGUCGCUGCCGCAUUGGCAGCCUGGAAGGCCACGAGCCGAUAGAGAUCUCAGAGCUUUGGAGGACACGGCCCUUGCAGAAGCUCAUUUGGGAGCGCUUGUGCACCGCGCAGGUAGACCUCCGGGCCAAGCAGCCUUUGGCGGAAGGACUGGCCUUCUUGAUGCUUUGCGCCUUCCUCCUUUGGGCCUGGCUUUGCUACGGUUGUGGAUGGUGGCGUUUGGACGUGGCUCUU